AAUAAUUAUUAACUAUGAUAUCACCAAUAGUCUCUUUGAUUCUAUUUCUCUCGCUUUCCAUAAUCAGAAAUGAAAUGACACAAGAGGGGAAUGGUUUACAAUUAGAGAAUGUAGAAGAUGUAUCUGGCGAAAAUCGUGCUGAAGUACAAACCAUUCCGGGCAAGAAAGACCCAAAAGACGGACAAGAAAGCACAAACACUUUUGCAGAUGCAACAACGGUUCCUUUCGUUCCACCGACAAUUUCUCUGCCUCCUGGAUUCACUGAACAAGAUAUUGUGCGCUAUGACGGAAGAAUAUUCAUACCGUUGGUAUCUGAGAAGGUUUACAAAGCAUCAGCGAUCUCCAAAUGUCAACAGCUCGGUUUUGAACUUGCAAAUAUAUACAACCAGAUUCACAUGGACAAAAUAAUGACAUUCAUUCGUGAUAACAAGUUGGCCGGGAUAUCACAAAUAGACUUUCAUCUCGGCAUGACAUACGACCCUAUUAAUCAGAAUCUUCGUUUCCAAAACGGAACUGUGACAUCACACAGUGGUUUCAAAUGGCGCAAAGGGUCUCCAUACAAUGGGCAGAGGUAUUCUGGUUGGACAAACAUGUUUAUCUGGAUUCAGGAAGAUUCAACAAGCCGAUAUCAAUACAUUUACAACUACCCAGAUAGUAACCAAUACGUCCUGUGUGAAGUUUGAACUUCCCUCCAACUAUUAUAGCGAAUUUCAGAUGAAAAAUUAAGAUGGAAAACUCUUUCCGUAUAAAUACUACAAAUAUCCCCAGCUUUCUAAUUUCUUUUAGAUGGGGAAUCACUGUUUAUCCCUCAUAUAAGCCGACUAUAAAAAACGUAACGUGCUGUACGCACCUAUCACAGCAAAUGAUAACCAUAUAUUGUGAUGCUUCACUUUAAUUAUUAACGAUAAGAAACGUCUCAAAAUCCUCAAAUACGCGUAUAGACCGAAUUUUGCCAAUCAGAGAUAACACGGCUUAAUCAUAUGGCGGUUACCAGUUCAUGUCGGUAUUGGAUUAGUUAGCCAGGUAUUUGUUUUCAUGUGCAUGGAUUUAAUAGAGGAAAAAGCAGUGACCGACCAGCUGUUGUGUGCACAACACUAUUCUCGCCUAGGAUUCCUAACGCUUAGCACGAUGUGCCACAUCACCGAUCUAAAAAAGAAAAGCCUAUGAUUUAGCAACCAUGUUCAUUUAUAAAUCUACUGCGGACAAUAAUCCCCGCUGAAUUUAAAGUUUGAUUACUUAUUAUUCUAUUUCUUUGAUGUUCUCAACAAAGUUCAUUAUUUUUACCUUUUUGUUCAUAAUAUGUGAUAAAUACAGGGUGUCGAUGAGGUCCUUUUACAAUUUAAAUUUGUUAUAAAGUCAGUUCUUAAUAUAUCUUAACCAGGUUUGUUGUUUUUUAAUCAGUAAGUAUUUUAAGUGCUUUUACUCCAUUCAAUACAUCUGCGAGGGUCAAAACAAUAAAUGGUAUCGAUGAAUUCCCUCUGCAAUUUUAAAAUUUUUCAAAGACUUCAUGGAUACCCUAUAUUAUUGAAUUGCUUUCAGUUGUCUUUGUUUGUUUAUUCAAAUAUUCAUUUUAUGUCAAAAUUAAUUCAAAAAAAUUAAAAAUAAAAGUUGGCAUUUACUAAACAAGUGAUUCAUAUUUCACCAAAGAUAGUUCCAUGUAUCAAAAUUUAUGACAUAGUCUUUUUUUUUUCCUCAAAAUUUGAGGUUCAAAAAUUAUAAUAUACCGUGUCUCGUAUUUAAUACUUCUGAAGUUAUCGUUAUUUUUGCAGAACCUAUCAAUAUUCAACCUUAAAUCGUUUAACGCAUUGGUGGCAGAUUACGGCUUAAUAAAUUUCUGUUUAAAAUAUCGAUGAAAAUAUAGUCAUAAUGACCUCGAUUGUUACAUUGUGUUUCUCAUUAUUAUAGGUGCCAGUGGUUCUUGAAUGGCGGGCGCACCCCACAAGGGGGCGUAAAUAAUUUUGAGGGGGCAUGAAGUUAAUUAUAAUAAAAAAUAUUUGUUAGACUUGAUUUUGUCUGCCUUAGUUUGGAUAUUCACAUUUUUUUAUUGUUUAGCCUUUAGAGAUUGCAUAGAGCUGUUGUUCUCGUAUCUUUAUCUGGGAGCAUGUUUAAGAGUUCAACUUCAUGCUGCUAGUUCAGGGUGGUCCAAGGUUGUAGGCUACGCAGGCCAAAAUUUUUUUUUGCAUUGUUCUAGGGCCACAAUAGUGCCAAGAAUAGGUAAACAGUGCAAUACAAAACAAACUCUUUUAUUG